AUGGAGGGCGGGCAUGAUUCGGCAACUGCACAAAUCGAUAAUUGCGCGAGGGGUGGGACCUCGGCAGCCGGGCUGGUGUGCUCGCCCUGCAAGGAAAGCGACCUGGACAGAGAGGGCGUCGAGGGCGGGCUAUCGCUCUGCCAAGCUUCGCUACCGGCCAAGUUCUAGCCGAGUCGUGCAAGUACCGCCGCCAGCGAGAAGAGCCGGCGUCGCGACAAGUAGAAGCACCCGAUAUUGGUCGGGCACCCAUCAAUACGAGCUCUCGUCAACACUAGUCGGUGCGUGGGGCCCCCCUCUUCUUCCU